AUGUUGAUCUCCAGGAGACAUGACCAGGUUGAGAUCCUCUCUGGGAAGGACAAAGGAAAACAGGGCAAAGUGGCCCAGGUCUUCAGACACAGAAACUGGGUCAUCCUGGACGGGCUGACCACGCAUUUCAGGUACAUUGGGAAAUCUGCAGAUUACCCYGGGACCUACAUUGCCAGUGAGGCUCCCCUCCUACUCCGAGACAUCUCACUCGUCGACCCCACUGACAGGAAACCGACCGAGGUGGAGUGGAGGUUCACAGAGGAGGGGGAGAAGGUGCGCGUCUCCCUCAGGACGGGCCGCAUUGUCCCCAAACCAGUGUUCCAGCGCAGAGAUGGCAUCGUACCGCAGCAAUGGAUUGAGACGGACACUAGUCCGGAGGACACACUGGAAAAGACUUACACGCCCCCCCUCAAGACUCUGGAGGAGGAGGUGAUGGAGAAGCUGGGCAUCGAAGAGCCCAGGAGGAACCGGAAGACUUACUGGUACUGAGGGGCGAGACCCUCUGGU